AUGGCUAUGAAGUGGGGGAAAGUAUUAUAUGACAAAAAUGAGACCCAAAGGGAAGUUAAGAAAGAGGACGGAAAGGUGGUAUAUAGAAGGAAGAAGGAAGAAGGAGAAAGGGGUACAACACAUUCUACCAAGGAAAACGGGCGGGAUGAAGGCGGAAAUAAGGGAAAUAGGAGAAAGCUGGAGCAGAAUCUGUGUAUAUACGUGGGGAAGGUCUUUUUCGCCAAAGAAGAACGAAAAGAUGAAGAUGAAAAGAGGGAGAUGAAAAAAAAGAAGAAGAAACAACGAGGCGGGACGAAGGAAAAGGUAUAA